AUGUACAGCGGCCUACUCUCGUCACCAAUAAUAUCACUACCAGAUCCUCCAUUCAGCUGCCCUACUGGCAACUGCACGUGGGACCCAUUCGCCACCCUCGCUGUGGGGACCCAAUGCGUCAACUUCGACUCUUACAUCCAGAUGAAUUGCAGUCCCAACCAGCUUAACGACUCCCUGAUUACAGUAGAUAAUUGUGCAUUUUCCGCCGCCGAUCCCGACGAUAAAUACACUGAAAACUUCCUGGACGGGACAGGAAAUCACACUCUUAUGAAGAUCGAAUCGGGGAAUCCGGUCAUCUUCCGACAGCCAACGUUGACCCAGUUCGCCCCACUGGAUAUUGGGGAUAAAAACGGCGGCUUGGCCCUGGUUCAAUGGAUCAAAGCCACGGACAACGUCUACCGUCCGGCAGCCUCCAGCUUGUUAUCUUACAUCCAGCAAAACACCACAUUCGAAGCACGCAGGUGCCUAAUAUACGUCAACGUCCGCAUCAUCUCCGCGCGCGUGGACGGCGGCUCCUACUCGGAAACGGUUCUCGACGAGAUCGUAUACGCCGACAACGCAAGCGCCACGGUGUUUGAGGAGGGACCAGGCCUCCAGUUCCACCUCAACGGCAGCGCAGCAUCACACGGAGUCAAGGGGACGUUGACACUGCCUCAGCCCGGCAGAACCAUGAUAGCGUCCGAGAUGGUCAACGAGAUGUUCUUCGACAAGCUCGUCAACGCUACCCAAGGCGCAGGGACCCAAGGGCCUGAAAUAGCACGGAUGCUGUACACGGCCGAUAACACCACGCAAUCUCUAGAGCACAUGGCGCACUACCUGACGGUAGCCCUCCGCGCCAACGACACGGUUCUGCUGCAAGAGCAGACCGGAAAUAGCUCGGCCAUCGCGCCCAGCCAGGCCGUUGACGGCACCGUCUGGGUCCAGGAGAUCUUUGUCCGUGUGCACUGGGAGUUCCUCAGCCUGCCGGCGCUAGUUCUCGCGCUGACAAUGGUGUUUCUGAUCAUCACCAUUGUCAAAAGUCAUCCGGAGAGCGUCGGGCUCUGGAAAUCCAAUCCAUUGACUCUGCUUUUCCACAUCGAUAAUCGAAGUGCCCACGUGGAUAGUCCAAUGACUACGUCAGCCGAGUUGGAGAAGGUGGCAGCGAAGAUGCAGGUGGAUAUCGUAAUGAACGAGGAUUGUCAUCACGUGGCUCGAGUAGUUGACAGAGUAAAUGUUUGA